CACAUAUAAUUCCUAAUUCCAUCAGCAGCUACAACCACGAUAUUGCUGUUCUCCGGCAGAAGUUUAGCCAUCUCUAACGCGACGAACACCGCUGCUCCUGAAGACGGUCCUACCAUCAGGCCUUCUCCUUUGAUCAAACUGCGAGCCGUAAGGAAAGCGUCCUUAGCCGACACCACUUCAACUCCCGUGCCAGACGUAAUAUCAGCCGUUGCUGGGAAAUCUCCACAGCCCAACUCAGGAACAGAAGGAAAUUCUGAGUCGUGA